CGCUCGGCUUCCUAAACUUGGAGCUCGCGUUCUGCAAGGGUCAGAGAAUUCCGCUAGCCUCCGCUGCUUGGGAAAGAGGGUUUAGGGCCGCAGAGAGGGGCCACCGUGGAGAGCCCGGACCCAGCCAAGCCGCCGCAGACCCCUGCCACCAAGAAACUCCCGCUGCUUCCCCCGUGCCCUGCCUGCCCCUCCUAACUGCCUCAGUGUACCCCCUCUGUCAGAUCCUCCCGCCAGAGGACAAGGAUGGAGAGGCCUCCGGGCUCCUGCCUUUGCUGCUGCCUGGCCGUGCUCUCCCUUCUGCCCUCCCUGAGCCUGGCACAGUACGAGAGCUGGCCCAACUACCCCGAGUACUUCCAGCAGCCGGCCCCGGAGUACCACCGGCCGCAGGCGCCCUCAGAUGUCGCCAAGAUCCAGCUGCGCUUGGCGGGGCAGAAGAGGAAGCACAGCGAGGGGCGGGUGGAGGUGUACUACAACGGGCAGUGGGGCACCGUGUGCGAUGACGACUUCUCCAUCCAUGCCGCCCACGUGGUCUGCCGGGAGCUGGGCUACGUGGAGGCCAAGUCCUGGACUGCCAGCUCCUCCUACGGCAAGGGGGAAGGACCCAUCUGGCUAGACAAUCUCCACUGCACUGGCAAAGAGGCGACCCUCGCAGCCUGCUCCUCCAACGGCUGGGGUGUUACCGACUGCAAGCACACAGAAGACGUGGGUGUGGCUUGCAGUGACAAAAGGAUUCCUGGGUUCAAAUUUGACAAUUCAUUGAUCAACCAGAUAGAGAACCUGAACAUCCAGGUGGAGGACAUCCGGAUCCGAGCCAUCCUCUCUGCCUACCGCAAGCGCACCCCGGUGAUAGAGGGCUACGUGGAGGUGAAGGAGGGCAAGACCUGGAAGCAGAUCUGUGACGAGCACUGGACUGCCAAGAACUCCCACGUGGUCUGCGGCAUGUUUGGUUUCCCUGGGGAGAAGAAAUACAACACCAAAGUGUACAAAAUGUUUGCCUCCCGGAAGAAGCCAAAGUACUGGCCAUUCUCCAUGGACUGCACAGGCACAGAGGCCCACAUCUCCAGCUGCAAGCUGGGCACCCGGGUGUCACUGAACCCCACGAAAAAUGUCACCUGUGAGAAUGGGCUGCCAGCUGUGGUGAGUUGCGUGCCAGGUCAGGCCUUCAGCCUUGAUGGACCUUCAAGAUUCCGGAAAGCCUACAAGCCAGAGCAACCCCUGGUGCGGUUGAGAGGUGGUGCCAACAUUGGAGAGGGCCGCGUGGAGGUGCUGAAGAACGGAGAGUGGGGCACCAUCUGUGACGACAAGUGGGACCUGGUUUCGGCCAGCGUGGUCUGCAGAGAGCUGGGCUUUGGGAGUGCCAAAGAGGCCGUCACCGGCUCCAGGCUGGGCCAAGGGAUAGGGCCCAUCCACCUAAACGAAAUCGAGUGCACUGGGAAUGAGAAGUCCAUCAUAGACUGCAAAUUCAAUGUCGAGUCUCUGGGCUGCAGCCAUGAGGAAGAUGCUGGUGUGAGGUGCAACAUCCCUGCCAUGGGCUUCCAGAAAAAGCUGCGCCUGAACGGAGGCCGGAACCCCUACGAGGGCCGGGUGGAGGUGCUGGUGGAGAGGAACGGGUCCCUCGUGUGGGGGACGGUGUGCGGGGAGAACUGGGGCAUCGUGGAGGCCAUGGUCGUCUGCCGGCAGCUGGGGCUGGGGUUUGCCAGCAACGCCUUCCAGGAGACCUGGUAUUGGCACGGAAAUGCCUACGCCAACAGAGUGGUCAUGAGCGGAGUGAAGUGCUCGGGCACGGAGCUGUCCCUGGCUCACUGCCGCCACGACGGGGAGGACGUGGCCUGCCCCCAGGGCGGGGUGCAGUACGGGGCCGGAGUGGCCUGCUCAGAAACCGCCCCUGACCUGGUCCUCAGUGCGGAGAUUGUCCAGCAGAGCACCUACCUGGAAGACCGGCCCAUGUUCAUGCUGCAGUGUGCCAUGGAGGAGAACUGCCUCUCGGCCUCGGCCGCCAAGACCGACCCCACCACGGGCUACCGCCGGCUUCUGCGCUUCUCCUCCCAGAUCCACAACAACGGCCAAUCUGACUUCCGACCCAAGAACGGCCGCCAUGCUUGGAUCUGGCACGACUGCCACAGGCACUACCACAGCAUGGAGGUGUUCACCUACUACGACCUGCUGAACCUCAAUGGCACCAAGGUGGCAGAGGGCCACAAGGCCAGCUUCUGCCUGGAGGACACGGAAUGUGAAGGAGACAUCCAGAAGAAUUACGAGUGUGCCAACUUCGGUGAGCAGGGCAUCACCAUGGGCUGCUGGGACGUAUACCGCCACGACAUCGACUGCCAGUGGGUCGACAUCACCGACGUGCCUCCUGGAGAGUACCUGUUCCAGGUUGUCAUCAACCCCAACUACGAGGUUGCGGAAUCUGAUUACACCAACAACAUCAUGAAGUGCAGGACCCGCUACGAUGGCCACCGCAUCUGGAUGUACAACUGCCACAUAGGUGGUUCCUUCAGUGAAGAGACUGAAAAGAAGUUUGAACACUUCAGUGGACUCAUAACUAACCAGCUCUCCAAGCGUUAAGGAAGCAGAUGUGGCCACCUCCUGUCUUUGGGCCAUGCCACAUCUUUCCUGGAAUUUUCCCUCAAUAACUGCCACACUUCCUUGCCUUCCUCUCCACUCCUCGCCAUGCUCUCCGUUCAGCCCAGCCCUCCUCCCCUUCUCAACCCCCUGCAGGAGGGAGGGGAUGCUCCUGACAUUUGCUGGAUGCUGCUGCCUGACGUCUGGAGCCUGGGAAGGCCCGUGGGGGCCAGGGCGAGGGCUGGGCCUGGGGCUCAUCCACUGGGCCGUGGGGGCAGCGCCACACCGCGCCAAGAGCCAGACUUGUCCAGGACCUCAGGUGCACAGGUUCAGCCCUUGACUCCGGUUGUCAUCAGCUUGUCCUGUCCAAGCCACAGUCCAUCCAAGUCUGACCCCACCCAGUUCACCACAGAUCAUGUCUAUGGGACCAUUUUCUUCUCAGUUUAUAUGUGGGCAAAUUUGGGCUCAUCAACCCAGAAGUGGUCAGGCUGAAUCCCAUUUCUCUUCCUCUUUUCCAGCAAACUUGAAUAUGUAGACCUUUCUUCCAACUCAACAAACUGCCUCUACUCUAGUCUAUUAUAUUCACAUAUAUAAAGAACACUGCCACCUUUCCGAUUAGGUGAGGUCAGUGUUGGUGCUUCUGCCCCACCCCCUCUUUUUCAAAGAUACCAUUAUGAUUAUAUUUUCACAGACUCUGAAAUACAAAGUAAUUUAGUGGCAUUUAAUAUUGGGCAUCCGGGCCUUUGAAAGAACAGCUCCAAAGAAAACCCACCCACCUGUGUGUCUCACCUUUUUGUUGUUCCAAUUCUGUGGGUAACUGAUUCAGUGGUGCUAUAACCAGGGUCCUGGGUGAUGAGGACACUCCCCAGACGCCAUGUACCAUCACCAACACUUAAAUGUACUUGAAACGUCAAAUGAAAGAUUUAUGAUAUGCAUCUUGUGUUUCAUUUGCGCCACGCCACCCAGCCCCUGAGCAGCUGGGUUUCUUUUUUUAGUCAGCAACAACGAAGGUUCAGCUCAAAUCCACCAGCUUAAGGUUCCGCCCCUGCAGAGAUGGGUUCCUAAUGCCCUUCCAGUCCUGUGUGGCCGCAGAAGGCCUUGUUCAGUACAGACCACAAAAGGGAGCAGCUCCUGCCUUCUGAGAGUCUAAGGACAUCAGAGAAAAACAGCAGAAAUACAAUGGCAAUAACUUUCCUUGAACUGCUGUUGUGUUUAUGGAAAUUUGUUGGGGGUGGACGGGGAACAAUAGCAUGUGAGGACCAGAUGGACAUCUACAUUUAAGCAGUCACUAGAUUCCCCAAGGACAGUGCUGGACCUUGCCUCUAAGGAAGCCAGUGGUGACACAGAAUAUGUGUGUCAGCAGAGCAGGGGCUCAGAGGUCUUCAGGCAGUGGCAGGGCCAGAGCCAGUCAUUCUCUCACCCUGAUACCAGAGUACACACUUGUGUCAAGAGCAUGCCAGGGCCCCAAAAUCAGAGGGGUCCACAUGACCCCAAAGCACCAGUUAGAGUCACCUUGGCAUUAGGUCUGCCCAUACUCGAAGGGACCCUGCCCAGGAGGCAAACUCAGCACGCAUUUCACAUUUCACCUCUAGGCUCUGUUCCCACUGAUUUCUGCAAGGAGCCCUUCUGUCACCUGCACCAGACAAAUAACAGGACCAGCCCUUGGCACUGCCAUUAGCCCCCAGCUCCUCUGCAGCACAGGAUGGAAAGUUGGGGAACCCAACCAGCUGGGGGAGACUGGCAGGUAUCACAGAACAGGGGCAACCUCACCCUAAUACCUGUACAAUGACACACUCUAGGCCCAGCUGGGAUCCUCCAGGCCCAGCUCCUUGGGUGCCCAAUUUCCAGCAGGCCCAGGCCUAACAAGGGAGAUUGGACAGCACCCCCUAGUGUCCACAGCAGACCAUCACAUUUUGAAGCAUUCACAUUAUAACAAGUUUUAUUUUUUCUCAACCUCUCCAACUAGACCAAACUAAAGCCCACCACACUCCACAGCGAAGCUCCCAGCACAGGGCAGCUCUGGCAUCUGUACAGGUUUUCUGUGUUGGGGCACCAGGCCUAGGGCCUUGGGUGGGGAGCCAGGCCUGCCGGGGACCUCAGGGCCCUGGCAGCUUCUCCGCCCCAGGCCGCUCUUUCUUUCGGUGUUGGAGCCCCAGGGCCCGGGCCACCAGCCUCCGGGCCACCGCUGUGUUUGUCUGUGGUCUCUCCUUCGCCAGAUGCAGGAGCUCUAAAAGGAAAGCACAGCAUUGUGCACCUAAUUAACAGCACUGAAUGGAAUAUUUGAAUGCGGUUAAAAGGGAAAAUUUUAGGUUGAAUAUGUGUUACUAGAAUACAAUUUAAAAAAAAAAAUCCAUAGGACUGUACACAAACAG